AUUGAAUGUAACCUAACCUUUGAAAGUUUUAUAGCAAUUGUUUUUUUUAUAUUAUUAUUAAGAAGUUUAAUUAGAGUAACUAUUCGUAAUUUAAGUUCACAAUAAAGUGGCGUAGUAAAAACAGUUAAUUGUACUUACGCGAAUGUCGUCAGAUAUAAUAUCAAGUCUACAAUUGGACAAGGAUUUUGGUGGCAGCAGAGUAAUUGUGGCACAAGAGAUCAAUGGCUGUGAUAGUUCUUUCAUAGUCAGCUGCACACUGGGACACUGUAUUAAGAACAAGAAACCUGUACUUAUUAUGUCAACACAUAAUUCUAUAACACACUAUCAAAAUGUGGGUCUUAAAAUGAAUUAUAACAUCCAAAGACACAUUGAUAAUGGCUUGAUACAAACUUAUAAUUUAAGUGGAGAAAAUGUUAAUAUGUUGAUGUCAAACGAAAAUGUAUCCUUAAAAGUGGUGCUAAAUGAAAUAAAGAAAAUUGUAUCUUCAAUGAAGGAAAAACAUGGGUCUGUAAAUAUUAUUAUUGAUGGAGUUUCACAUUUAUUUGACCUGCAAUAUACUUUGAAGGAAGUAAAUGAAUUUUGUAAACACUUGAUUGCAAUUAUAAGGGGUUGUGAGAAUUCUUUUUUGUUGUGCCUAUGUAAUGUGGCAAGCGAAGAUGAUGUGACACAUGUAAUGGCUAACUUGCUUUCACAUAAAGCACAUACAGUUUUAGAAAUUGAGAGUUUGUCAUCAGGAUGGAGUGCGGAUGUCUCAGGACACUUAUCAAUAAGACACCCAGGACAGAAAUUUCAAGAUGAACACACUUUCACUAUGGACCUUAAACCAGCUCAUUAUCUUUUUAAGUUGUUUGAUAGGGGUGUUAAAUUGUUUGCCCCUGGUACCGUAUAGUUAGAAACAAAAUAAGUAUAUUGUUUUGUAAAUUGAUAGUUUUAUCUUUUUUCUAAUUAAAUAUUUCAAUCACAUUUGUACUAAAUGCUAACUGAAAAUAAAUAUAUAUAUAGUAA